GUAUUUGUAGGGGUGGACUUCUAAAUGAGUUUGAAAUUACAGACCUUACUGAAAUUCUCGCUCUAACGAAGUCCCCUGUCGUGUAUCUAGGGUUUUGUAACUCUGAAAUUUUAGCAUAAUAAUAUCUGAGAUCCCAGCCUCGUUAGUGAAGAAAGACGCUAGCUUUCUCUCUAAGGCGCAGGCUCCGGUUUCCUCACCCUUUUUGCGAGGCCGUUUGGAAGUUAUAAUAAGUUGUCGAGGAUGUCGGGGAAGGACCAGGAGUAUCGCAUCUUUGUGGGAGGUUUGUCGUGGGACAUCACUGAGCGUCAGCUUGAAGAUGCUUUUAGCCGUUUCGGCAAAGUCAUCGACAGUCAGGUUAUGCUGGAAAGGGACACACACCGUCCUCGUGGAUUUGGGUUUUUAACAUUUGGAGACCGCCGGGCAAUGGAUAAUGCAAUAAGAGAUAUGAAUGGUAGUGAGUUGGGUGGGCGUAUGAUCUCAGUCAACAAGGCCCAACCCAGGAUGGGGGGAGAUGGUAUGGACCAUGCUGGCUAUGGCGAGGGUUACUCAUCUGGCGGUGGUAGGGACAGCUAUGGCGGUGGAGGUUACGUGUCUGGUGGUAGGGGGAGCAGCUAUGGUGGACCGGAUAGGUCAUCAGGACAGGACAACUGUUUCAGGUGUGGGCGUCCAGGUCACUGGGCAAGAGACUGCCCGUUAGAUGGUGGUGGUGGUGGUGGUCGAGGUGGCCGUCCUAUGACACCCCCUUCACGCUCCAGGUUUAGUGCUCGUGGGGACCGCUUUGGCAGUGACAACCGUGAUAGGUACUUGGAUGAUCGCUAUGAUAGAGGUCACUAUGCUGAAAGGGUGGAUCGUCUUGAUAGCAGAGAUGACCGAUAUGGAAGCCGUGAUCGGUAUGUCAGUGACAGGUAUGCUGGAAGUGGAGAUAGGUUUGCUGGCAGUAGAUAUGGAGGCGCAGACCGUUUCACACCGAAUGGGUAUGGAAAAGAGAGAGGAGUAGCAUAUGGCCGUGAUGGGGGUGGCACAAGAGUGAGUGGUGACAGAUAUGCAGCAGCAGGGGCUGGUGGUCCAACCCGAUAUGAGGGGGGGAGAAGUUACAGAGACAGCAGGGCAGGACCUUAUGACCGCCCUCGUAGGGCUGGGCAGUCUCCCUCCUUUGAUCGCUACUGAAGGCUUUACUUGCUUGUUUUUCUGAGUUUUUCCCCCCUCUUUUGACUUUAUCGAAUGAUACUUGGUGGUGGUAUGUGAAAAUGCUAAUGCCUUGUCAAGUAGGUUUGUGAGCUUAGUUGUUGCAGGACUCGAUUUUUAGUGUCUGGUGCUAUCCUUAUCUUUGAUUGACAGUUUGGAGUCCUUUUGGAAUUUAGGCAUUUUGUGUGCGCUUCCCUACAAUUCCCCCUAAAAAAUUUACAUACGACUAAAGAAUAAUUAAAAUAUAUUCCAUCAAAG